CUUAGGCUGCGUGCGUCCGUGCGUGUGUGGGUGGGUGUGUGAGCGUGCGUGCGUGUGUGUGUGUGUUUCGGCUGUGCUCUGCUUGAAACGCAGCGUACCGGCUGCACAGAAAUGAGCGAAAACAACGGCACCAGCGGCACCACCAUCACAGCCGCCAAUGGACCGCGCGUCGUCACCAUCUACAAGACGGAAACUGGCUUCGGCUUCAACGUGCGCGGACAGGUGUCCGAGGGCGGCCAAUUGCGUUCAAUCAAUGGCGAGCUGUACGCUCCGCUGCAGCAUGUCAGCGCUGUGCUGGAGAACGGAGCCGCCGAGAAGGCGGGCAUCAAGAAAGGCGAUCGAAUACUCGAGGUCAAUGGCGUCAGCGUGGAGGGCGCCACACACAAACAGGUGGUGGAUCUCAUCAAAUCGGGCGGCGAUUGCCUGACCCUAACGGUCAUAUCGGUUACGCAGCAGGAGGCUGACCGACUGGAGCCGCAGGAGGAUCAAACUGGCUAUUCCUACAUAGACUACUCGGACAAGCGCUCCUUGCCCAUCAGCAUACCCGACUACAGCAUUGUGAAUCGGAAUGGGGAGCGCUACAUUGUCUUCAAUAUCCACAUGGCCGGCAGGCAGCUGUGCUCGCGUCGCUAUCGCGAGUUUGCCAACCUGCACUCGGCGCUGCGCAAGGAGUUCAGCGGCUUCAACUUUCCGAAGCUGCCGGGCAAAUGGCUCUUCCAGCUGAGCGAACAGCAGCUGGACACGCGUCGACGGGGCCUCGAGCAGUAUUUGGAGAAGGUGUGCGCGGUGCGCGUGAUAGCCGAGAGCGAUGCAGUGCAGGAUUUCCUGACCGAUACGGAGGAUGAUAUAUCUGCAUCCCCGGUGGACAUCAAAGUGAUGCUGCCCGACCAUGAGGUGACCAGCGUAUCGGUUAAGAAGUCAUCCAAUGCCCAGGUGGUGUGGGAGAUAUUGGUGCAGCGCGCCAACCUUACAGCCUAUACGCAACAAUAUUUCUAUCUGUUCGAGAUAGUUGAAUACAAUUUCGAGCGGAAGCUGCAGCCACACGAGAUACCGCAUCAGCUCUAUGUGCAGAACUACAGCACCGCAUCCUCCACAUGCCUCUGCGUGCGUCGCUGGCUCUUCUCCGUGAGCAAGGAGCUGACCCUGCCCGAUGGCGAGCAGGCGGCGCGCUUCAUCUUCUACCAGGCCGUCGAUGAGGUGAAUCGGGGCAAUAUACGUGCCGAGGGGCGUCUCUACGAGCUGAAAGCAUUGCAGGAUGCCAAAAAGGCCAACGACUACCUCGCCUUGGCCCGCACACUGCCCGGCUAUGGUGAUGUUGUCUUUCCUCACUGCUCCUGUGAUAGUCGCAAGGAGGGCCACGUCGUGCCCGCCGUGGGAAUGAAAAGUUUUCGCCUGCACGCGUGCCGCGAGGAUGGCUCUUUGGAGGCGCAAAUGGUGGAGCUAACAUGGGAUAGCAUCACUAGCUCCGAGAGCGACGAGGAAUCCAUGUCGUUUUGCUUUCAGUACAAUCGUCCAGAUAAGCCACCACGUUGGGUCAAAGUCUAUACGCCAUAUCACGCAUUUCUCGCGGACUGCUUUGAUCGGAUUAUGGAGGAGCGCAAAUGGGAGGACAGCGGCGAUUAGAAGGAUUUCUUACGGGCUCAUCAGACGCAUUGAUCAGAUCUAUAUAGAUAUAUAUAUA